AAGAGGAAUAUUGAAACAGAUACUAUCUUAAGGGAACAUAAUGGGUCGAUGUUGAGAUAUUUCGAUUAUAGAAACAGUCUUAAGGAAUAUAGUUACAAAAUAAGAGAGUGGUCAAACGUAUAUGGAGUAAGGACGCUGACGAUACAAUAAUCUUUCAGUUUCCAUGUACUGAACUCGCAGAGCCCAAACACACAGGUUGACGGUGCAAAUCUUUCAAGUCCUCCAGCCACAAGGUGUCAGUGACAACGCAACGAAGAAUCUGCAUGCGCCUAUUUAUGUGCCCUUUUCACUGCCGGAUGAGAACAGAAAGGACGCGACUCGCCUUGCUGGACACUGGAAUAACUCACAAUGGCCCUGCCAUCGCUCUACCUCUCUCCUCACCCUCAUAACUUCCAGAAUGCCAAGGUUCUUAUUGCUCUGGAGUACGGGAAGCUGAAGCUGAAGGUGGUGGAAGUCCGUGGACCGUCAGCCGGUGAUGCGUUAACCAGCUCGACACUGGACAGGCUGCCGGCCCUGGAGGCCGCCCCCGAAAUGCACAUCUGCGGCGCGUCUGCAGUGGCGCACUACCUGGUCCCCGAGCGGAUGAGGGGCCGCGGCCCAAAGGAAGCCGCCUUGGUGCAGCAGUGGGUGAGCUACGCGGACAUCGAGGUGGUCCCGUCAGCCUGCGCAUGGGCCUUCCCAGCUCUGGGCUUACUGAAGCACAACAAACAGGCCGUCGAAAGAGCAAAGCUGGAUUUGCAGAAGGCUCUGCGGUUCCUCGAUGACCAUCUCAACCUGCGGACCUAUCUGGUGGGAGAGGCGGUCACCUUGGCGGACAUUGCCAUGAGCUGUGCUCUGCUGCUGCCCUACCAGCACGUCUUUGAGCCUGGUUUCAGGAAACCUUAUGUGAAUGUGAAUCGCUGGUUCCUGACCUGUGUCAACCAGCCCGAGUUCAAGAGAGCCCUGGCUGAAGUUAAGCUGUGUGAGAAGAUUGGAUCCGUGACUAGAGAGAAAUGUGCAGGUCAGGAACGGUCAGCCGCUACGGAGCAGAGCCCGGGGGUCCCAGAGCCGGCUACGCCCGCAGAGCGGGCAGAAGGGAAGCCGGUGCAGAAGACGGCUGCACAGCUGAAGAAGGAGGAGCUGAAGCGGGAGAAGAUGGAGAGGUUCCUGCAGAAGCAGGAGAAGUUGAAGGAGCAGCAGCUGAGGCAGCCCGAGAAAAAGGCCAAGGGAGACAAGAAAGAAAAGAAGGAUCUUGGAGUAACCACAUAUGACAUUGCAACUCCCGCAGGAGAGAAGAAAGAUGUGACCUGCCCAAUGCCAGAUUCCUAUAGCCCGCAGUAUGUCGAAGCAGCCUGGUACUCCUGGUGGGAGAAGCAAGGAUUCUUCAAACCUGAGUAUGGGCGCAGUAUCUGCGAACCCAACCCGAGGGGCCUGUUCAUGAUCUGCAUUCCUCCGCCAAAUGUGACCGGCUCCCUCCACCUGGGCCACGCCCUGACCAACGCCAUCCAGGACUCGCUCACCCGCUGGCACCGGAUGCGGGGAGAGACGACGCUGUGGAACCCCGGCUGUGACCACGCUGGCAUCGCGACCCAGGUGGUGGUGGAGAAGCGGCUGUGGCGGGAGGCACGGAAGACUCGGCACGACCUGGGGCGCCAGCGGUUCGUGGAGGAGGUGUGGAAAUGGAAGCACGAGAAGGGUGACCGCAUUUACCACCAGUUGCGGAAGCUGGGAUCGUCCAUGGACUGGGACCGUGCCUGUUUCACCAUGGACCCGAAACUCUCGGCUGCAGUCGAGGAGGCCUUCGUCAGACUACACGAUGACGGCGUGAUCUACCGUAGCACCAGACUGGUCAACUGGUCCUGCACGCUGAACUCCGCCAUCUCUGACAUUGAGGUCGAUAAGAAGGAGCUGACGGGUCGGACUCUCCUCCCCGUGCCUAACUAUGCAGACAAAGUGGAGUUUGGCGUUCUCGUCUCCUUUGCCUACAAGCUGGAGGGAUCGGAUGAGGAGGUGGUGGUGGCCACCACGCGUAUCGAGACCAUGCUGGGAGACACUGCUGUGGCUGUCCAUCCCCAGGAUCCGAGAUACCAGAACCUGGGAGGAAAGUUUGCUCUGCAUCCUUUCUGUGACCGGAAAUUGCCCAUUGUCUUUGACGAGUUUGUGGACAUGAACUUUGGGACUGGUGCUGUUAAAAUCACUCCUGCUCACGACCAGAAUGACUAUGAAGUAGGAAUGAGGCAUCAGCUUGAGUUCAUCAACAUCAUGGACGACAAUGGCUAUCUCAUCAAUGUUCCUGAGCCUUUCCUGGGAAUGAAGCGUUUUGACGCCCGUAAGGCAGUACUGGAAGCCUUGCAACAGAAAGGACUCUUCAAGGAGGUGAAGGACAACCCCAUGGUGGUGCCAGUCUGCAGUCGCUCCAAGGACAUCGUGGAGCCCCUGCUGAAGCCCCAGUGGUACGUCAAGUGCGGUGAGAUGGCGAAGAUGGCGGCUGAUGCCGUGCGCAACGGGGAACUGAAGAUCAUCCCGGAGACUCACCUCAAGACGUGGUUUAACUGGAUGGACAAUAUCAGAGACUGGUGCAUCUCUCGGCAGCUGUGGUGGGGACAUCAGACGCCGGCGUAUUUUGUGACCGUUAAUGAUCCCGCAGUCCCUGCUGGAGAGGACGCCGAUGGCCACUACUGGGUGAGCGGCCGCACUGCGGAGAUUGCCAGGCAGAAGGCAGCCAAGAGGUUCAACGUCUCUCCUGAGCUGAUCUCACUCCGACAGGAUGAGGACGUGUUGGACACCUGGUUCUCCUCUGGCCUCUUCCCCUUCUCCAUCUUCGGUUGGCCGGAUGAGACGGAGGACUUGAAAGUCUUCUACCCAGGCACGCUGCUUGAGACGGGUCACGACAUCCUCUUCUUCUGGGUAGCCCGGAUGGUGAUGUUGGGACUGAAGCUGACCGGGAAGCUUCCAUUCAAAGAGGUCUACCUCCAUGCCAUCGUCCGCGAUGCCCACGGUCGAAAGAUGAGCAAGUCCCUGGGCAACGUCAUCGAUCCCCUGGAUGUGAUCACGGGCAUCUCGCUGGAGGGUCUUCACACUCAGCUGCUGGAGAGCAACCUCGAGCCGACCGAGAUCGAGCGAGCCAAGGCUGGUCAGAAAUCAGAUUAUCCGGUUGGGAUUCCGGAAUGUGGGACGGACGCCUUGAGAUUCGCUCUGUGUGCCUACACGUCUCAAGGCCGGGACAUCAACCUGGACGUUAACCGUGUCCUCGGCUACCGGCACUUCUGUAACAAGUUGUGGAACGCCACCAAGUUUGCCAUCCGUGGGCUCGGACUGGACUUCGCUCCAGAGGCCUCUGCCCAGCGCUCGUCACAGGAGAGUCUGAUGGACCGCUGGAUCCUGAGCCGCCUCAGCCACGCGGUGGAGACCUGCGACCGCAGCUUCAAGCAGUACGACUUCCCGGAGGUCACCACUGCCAUCUACAACUUCUGGCUGUAUGAACUGUCUAAUGUCUACCUGGAAUGUUUGAAGCCUGUGUUCGCAGGCACGGACGAGAAUGCUGCCCGUGUCGCCAGGAAUACACUGUACACCUGCCUGGACGUGGCCCUCCGCCUUCUGAGCCCCUUCAUGCCUUUCAUCACCGAGGAGUUGUACCAAAGGUUGCCAAGGCGACCUGCUCAGGACCCGCCGAGUAUCACCGUGACCUCGUACCCCGAGAGUGAUGAGUACAACUGGAGGGACGAGGAACUCGACCGGAACAUGGAGUUUGUCCUGUCCAUCAUCCACACCGUCCGGUCCCUGCGAGCCGACUACAACCUCACCAAGACCAAGGCUGACUGUUACUUGAAAUGCUUGGACCAAAGUACAGCCGACCUGGUGGGUCUGUUCACCUCCUACAUCGAGACGCUGUCCUCCUGCCAGACGGUGACCGUGCUGGUGGACAAGGACUGUCCAGCUGGCUGUGCCGUCGCCAUCGCCUCGGACCGCUGCUCUGUCCACCUGAUGCUGAAGGGACUAAUUGAUGCAGAAAAGGAGGUCACAAAACUCAAGACCAAGCAGGGAGAGGUUCAGAAGCAGAUUGCGAAACUCAGGGAGAAAAUGUCCAAAGCUGACUACAGCACCAAAGUGCCUCAGAAAAUCCGGGACAUGGAGGUGGAGAAGUUGAAGCAAAGUGAAACUGAACUGCAGAAGGUGGAAGAGGCCAUGAGGACCUUUGCGAAGAUGAUCUGACCUGUUGCGUGCAGCAGGGAGUGUGCCGGGAUUUUAACCGCUCUCCUGUGAUGCACGUGCCUGAAGGAUGGUGUGGCCCUUCUUGGCACCAGACCUGACUUUCCGGGGACAAACCCAGCUCUGGUGUGGACGGGUUGGUGAUGGGUGACAUGAAAUGCCUGCUGUCUCAUUCCUUUCCAUUCAGUCCCAUCUGUGUGCCAAGCCUCACCGUUCCCUGAUCUAUGGGUGACAGAGGUUGGUCAAUUUCCACCUCCGCCUCAGAGGGAAUUACCUGCACUCACUCUUUCCCACUCUCCCUCUCCCAGUGGCAUGCUUUCUCUCUCUCUCUCUGUAACCCAACUCUUCCCAUUUUUCUCUCUCUCCCUCUUUCCUCUUUCUGAUUUCUCCCUUCAAUCUUUUACCUUCACUUCCAUGUUGUUUUUCCUCAGUGCCUCUGUUUUGCUGUUUCACUUUCCAUCUCGUUCAUUUCUCCAAGUUGUUGUUUCUUUCCCUGCCUUUUCCUCCCUCUCGUAAUUCACCAUCCCCUAUCCCCUUUCCAUCUCCUCGUUUACUGAGGCCAUGCAGCCCUGCAGACAGACCUCGUGUCUGUCUCCUAACCAGUCCACCAGAAACUGUCGGCAAACUUGUUCCCUCCUGUUCUCCCUCUCACUCUCACCUGGAGAUGGUCUCCAGGUUUUAGGUUUCUGGGCUUCACCUGAAUGAUCUGCUGCAGAGAUUUAUUGUGACAAAGUGGUCAGGCUGCGUUCGUUUGGAAGAAGGGUGAGAAGGGAAGCAACAAGCUUCAGUAGCUAAUGGAUGUGGGGAAGAGGGAGCUUCAGGGAGUUGCAAUGUGAGGUUGUGGGAGGAGGAACUGAUCAGCUGCCAAUCUUUGUUCUAGUUGCCGGGUGGGGUCGGGUGUAAACCCGGGUCUGGAGCCGUGAUGCAGCAUCUUCACCCGCUGUGCCCCUGAACCACCAGGGAUUUUUCAGAGGGGUGGGCUUGGAUUUCAGCCACCCACCCCCUCCAGAAUAUCCAGAUGAUGGCUUGUGGCCCAAGGCUGUGAACAUCCCCCAGCCGCCAUCUGUUCCCCUGGGAGUUUACAGGAAAUCCUGUGCAGGUUCUCUCGCCUCACACUGACAAGCUGGAAUCCACUUCCAGUACCGGCAUUAAGUCCGGGUUUUGGGAUCUCCAACGUGUGGAGUUGGGAAAGGAUUUGUGUUCUGCUGCACGUCACAAGGCAGUGCCAACAAGGAACAAAAACUGAAUAUUUAAUGAAGGACUCCCUCACAUCGAUCUGUCUUGGCAUCAUAAAGUGACUGCCCAGUAGUGCAGUCAGUUCCAGCCACGUCAGUCUGUGACAAUCUCCACGUUGUUCUGGUCGUUUGGGAAAUUGAUUCCAUCUUGACUCCCCCACCGCCAACCCCCGAUCCUUUUUCUCCCCACCUGCCGGCCUGUUUACUUGCUCCCUCCCAUCAUUCAUUCACCCUUCUCCCAUUGUGCACUGGCACACACUGACCAUUUCCCCACCCCAGCCCUCUCCUCCAUCUCCCAAUUUAGAGCUGGCAUGAGUUCAAAUAAAAAAAACUAUUGUUUUGUUGCAAGAAUGUUGGCUUGUUUGGAGUCUUCAAUUUGUGACCAAGUGAUACUAUAAACUUCAGGCUCUUGAAAUGGUUCUGCUGAUGUGAAUUAUUAUUUUAAUUUGCAGAAUUAUUAACUGAGAACAUUUGUUGGAAAAAUGGGUUUGACCAGAUGAUCACAAACGAGAGAAUCUGCAGAUGCUGGAAAUCCAAGCAACACACACAAAAUGCUACAGGAGGUAGGCAGACCAGGCAGCAUCUGUGGAAAAAAGUACAGUCACCGUUUUGGGUGCAGUCCUGUCGAAGGGUCUCGGCUCGAAAUGUGGACUACUUUUUUCCAUGGAUGUUGCCUUGCCUGCUGAGUUCCUCCAGCAUUUUGUGUGCGUUGCUUGACCAGAUGAUGUUGAUAAUGCUGACCUCUGCCAGUUCGACAGUUUGAAUCACUUUGCCUCAAGAAAUAACAAGUGGUUAAAAUACAAUUUGUAAUUGAAAGUAACUGAAAUAAAAAUAAUUCUCUUUGAAA